UGGUUUGUUGGCUGUAGUCAUCGCGCGGCGCGCUCGGAUGUGCUUCCGCGGCCGUCUGGAACGCUCUUCCUUCCGAUGUUAGGAAGCUGCCGGAGAUAUUAGGAGGGCCACUGGGAGUUUUGUUACGUUUAAAUCUAGAUUUAAAACUCUUUAUUGAGAACUGUUUUUUUCUGCUUGUCGUUCUCUCCUCCCUCCCCCCGCACCUCCUAUUACCACGAUGGGCUGCAUGCGAAAGAGGUUCAACAUGUAUACAUACGUAGUAGCGAAACCUAAUUCCAUGAUGUUGUCACUUCGUGUGUGACCCAUGGUUAUUCGGUGUCUCUCUCAGAUCGGACUUCCCAGGUGUAUGGAGGCACCAGAAUGCACCUUUGACCCAACGGUCGUGUUCGCGGCACCGCCGGCACGUCGCGGGGAACCCAUCGAGCACCUCUUCUCCACGUUCACGAGAGACGGGAAGACCAUCGCCGCUCCCGACUUUGUGGCUCUCUUCAACAUCAAGCACACAGGCCCCGCGCGCCUCGACGCGCGUUCGUGCGGCGCGCUGAUGCCAGACGUGCUCGGAGGCAAAGAAGAAAUGGACAUUGCCGAGACCAAGACGUUUGCUGCCCAGAUAAAGAAACUGCAGGACGUGUUCGUGGCGUUCGACAGGGACGGCUCGGGCGCCAUGUCCUCCUACGAGCUGGGCCAAGCGCUCGAGAACUCGGGCUUCCAUCUCCGCUGGCGCGUGUACGAGCGAGUGUGGGAGCGUUUCGCUGGCGCCGACCGAGCCCUGGACUUCACCGAGUUUGCCGUCUGCGUCGCCGCGCUUCGCCGGCUCUUCGGGACUUACGAAGCGCUACCAAAGGCCGGUGGGGACCACUUCCCGGACAUAAACGAGUGGCUCCUGCAGCACGGGGACCUCGAGGGGGACACGGGAGGAGAGCGCCAUCCGGCGUGACCCGCGGCGGUGGACGAAGAGCCACGGGCAGAAGGCGAUUUAAAAUAUAAGAGUUUUAAAAAUAUAAAUAUCUAUAUAACGGGGAUGUGACGACGAAUAUAUUUGGAGAUCCGAAUCAGUUCUAACGUGGGUGUGCACGCCCCCCGCAAUGUGACCUCGGGUCGUUACUGUCAGAGCUCAGUGAGAUCUGCGGUUCCCCGAGCCGACUACAAACAACUGAAACCCACUUCACAGCUAAGUCGCACGGGCGGUUAUCCGUAGCGCCAAGGUAUUUAAAAACAAAAUCUUGCAAUGUAGAUUUUUGUUUUGCCGGAACAGACAAUGACGUGGGCGCGGUAAGUGUUGCAGGCUACACCGUAACGAUGCUCGUUUGUAAGCGGAAUCCCAUUCCUAUUCCGAGAAGCAGCAAUACAACAGCAGCAACGACGCUCUUCCCGUGAGUGGCUGUUCCCACCGCAAGCGAGGAGAGAGGCCGUGGGCAGCUGUGUCCGUAUCCUACUGCAGCCCCUUCGGGGGAUGGACUUUUUAAUCUGUGGCGGCGAUAUGUUAACUACUUCGCCUGAUAUGCAGGGCGUCGUGGGUUUGACCCCUGACCCUUAUGAAGUGUAUAUUUGGAGUUUUCAUGUCUCUCCCUCGAUCUCUCUCCACGUGGUCGCGUGGAUUUUUCUCCGGGUCCUCCGGUGUUUCCCCUCCACAUUUAGAAUAAACACGUGGCUUAGAGUAUUUGGCUGCUGCUAUACAUUUCCACGUGAUAAGCCACUUCGUUGAGCUAUCCCUUGUGGCCAGGUCGCUUCUGAAACAGCGCUCUAGAGCUCAGUGGGCCUUACCUGGUCAAUAAAUAAAAAUAUCUAUAGGUCAUUAACUUCGUGUUCCAGCCGAUUUCGUCUCCGGAAUGAAAUCGGCCAGAUAUCCUGACGCCGUCUUUAUUAGUCAACGGCGCGCCGUUGCGUGUAGAGAAGAGCGCAACAACGAGGACAUUUAUUUGGGAAAAGUUUGAACCUGUUUGGAAGCGAAUGCAAUUCGUGUAAUGCGGAGCUACUUGCUCUAGGUGGCGACGCGACACGUGCAGAGGAGCUGCACGAACUCCUGGAACUUCCUCUCGGGAGGGCAAUCGGUGGGCACGCUUUUUUUUAUUUGUGACGAUGCAAAACGCUUUUGUAAUUUUUUUUUGUAAGUCACUUUCAUUCUUCAUGUCACCGCCCGACGGCGAGAGUUGCCCUGCGCCAGUCGGCGCUCGCAACCGGCGUGGUGAAGAAGGCACGGCUAGUUGCGGAGAUGGGAGCCGCGUCUGAAACGCUGACCCCCAAAAAUUGAUGUUGCAGAGCGAAAGGGGCAAUUGGUCAAGCGCGGAGGAAGAGAGGAAAGGGUAUCUGUGUACGUCUGUGGGGUUCGAUUUGAGUCGUUUGGAUCCCUAAUGUGAGUCCCUUGAAUCCGCAUGUGGACACUGGCUAUUUGUUUUAUUUAAGACGAAAACCCCCCAAAAAGUGCACGCAAUACAGAUUCAGAAUCGGAGUGAGAACAUGUAUUUAUACAGGAGGAAUCCGAUGAGCUAUUAAGCUCUUUUUUCCACAGAUGUCCACUAAGGAUAGCAUUGCAGAGUUAACUAGGAUAGCAAAACAAAUUACCAGGAUAGCAUUGCAGAGUUAACUAGGAUAGCAAAAUAAUUACCAGGAUAGCAUUGCAGAGUUAACUAGGAUAGCAAAAUAAUUACCAGGAUAGCAUUGCAGAGUUUCAAUCCUUCAACCAAGAGGAGGGUCCUGCAGUGGGAUGCUUAGCUAAUUCCUUUUUUAAAUGAGCGAUUUCCAUCCGGAAGAGGGGGGUUGGCACUGUCAAACACACGUGACGAUGAUUUGUUCCGGUCCUGGGCCUCCCCUAGGUCGACUCGUCCUCAAAUUAGUACCGUGGUGCGGUGUGUAAACAUCGCCACUGCGGAGACAAAGGCGGCCCGUGCGUGAUGCUGGCCACCCACCCCCUCGUGUGCCGUGCCGGCCUUCGUAGGCGCUGCUACUGGCGAACAGCACUUGGGUCCCAACAAAGGGGCCAAUUCACAGUCGUCCCCCCUCCGCCCUGCCACCACCCUCCCCCCCCCUUCCCGUUUGAGUAAAGUUGCAGGUAGGUUGGCUCUAGGAGUUGCACGAAGUUCAGUUCAUGUAUUAGGUAUAGAGCCCUGUGAGCCAUUCGGCUCUUGAAUCGGGUGCAACCGCAACAAACAAAAACAUGAACAAGAAAACAUCUUAAAGUGACUAUGUGGCUAAGUGCAAACAAAAGACCCAAGAAAAGACAGCAAAAUAUUGCAGAAAAAAACCGUACACCAACGCUGUGUGCAAACAUCCCAGUGGGAUGCAAGUCAAACAACAACAACAACAACAACAACCACAAGACAACUUAGAUUAAGGCCAUCAGUCUAACUCCGUACUACAACAAACAAACUUGGCCAAACCAAAAAAACUUUUUCGAAAUCACCAAAAUAAAGCCAUAAAAGCAAUGUAACAGUGAUCAUAGGAACUGUGACCGAAUUUGUUCCGGUCCUGGGCGUGAUGCACCAAACCGAUGCCUCUGCAAUACCCGAGAUCGCAGAUGUGAGUCACCAACUUCGUGCGGAUCCAUUAACGCCGUUUAUUUGCGAGCGCUGCGCCACAAGUGCGAUACCAUUUUUGUAAGGCAUUCCGUGUACUCGUUUGUCCAUCUUGUUUGACUUUCCAAACCCUCGAUUUGCACCCGAUUAAACGGCGCUUGUGGGACCAAUACUAAGCCGAUUGUAAAUGCGGCGAUGAUGCACCGAUUGUAUUGUGCGCGCGCACGCGUGCCUGCGUGCCUGCCUGCCUGCCUGUGUGUGUGAUUUCAUGAAUCGAUGUUCUGUUGAUGGGUCAGGGUUUAGUGCACUAGAAAACGAUCUUUUUCGAUGUAAAGCUUUCGUGACUGCAGGGAUUCAUCUUCUUGGUUCUUUCGGUAAAGUCACGUAGAAGGGAAAUAAUAAAAUAAUAAAAAUAAAACAUAAUAAAAUAAUUCUCACGACGUUUCGGCCACAACGCAAGCAGCCGUCCUCAGGUGAAGACUAGGUCUGUCGGGGAGACAGCGUCACUUCUACAAGACUUUACCGAAAGAACCAAGAAGAUAGAACACGAUCGUUAUACACCUGGGUGCAAUCCCCGGUCGUCUUGUGUGUACGAGACCACGGCAGCGAUUUGCGCGAGUUUUGAUAUUCGUAUCCGGAACCUAAGUCUCAACCAACCCCUAGGUUGACCCAGCCCCAAAAUGUGGGGCCGAUUUAUUUUUAGCAACUCAGAGAGAAACGCGUGCCGCGAGCUUGGUGCCUGAUGCAUCGAACCUCACUCGUCUGCCGUGCCGACCCUUAAUAGGUGCUCGCUAAGAGCACUCGCAUCAGCGGUCUGUUGGAACGAGAAUGUGGAUCUUUGUCGUGGGUUUUUGCUCAAAACUCAUUUCAUGGGCACAUCGAUCGAGAAG